AGAAGAGAAAGCGAUACUAUUAAAUAAUAAUCUUUAAUAAUGUCCAACAAUAAUAAAUAAAAUUAUAGAUCUCCUUCUUCUUCUUCUUCAUCAGAAAUUCUCAUCUCCUCGCGAUUCUCAGAAUGGCUGGUUUCAGCGGCGAUGAAACUGCUCCGUUCUUCGGCUUUCUCGGCGCCGCCGCUGCCCUUGUUUUCUCCUGUAUGGGAGCGGCUUAUGGCACGGCGAAAAGUGGUGUUGGUGUGGCGUCGAUGGGUGUGAUGAGACCGGAGCUUGUUAUGAAAUCCAUCGUCCCCGUCGUCAUGGCUGGUGUGUUGGGUAUUUACGGCUUGAUCAUCGCUGUGAUUAUCAGCACCGGGAUUAACCCUAAGGCGAAAUCUUACUAUCUAUUUGAUGGAUAUGCUCACCUUUCUUCUGGUCUCGCUUGUGGUCUCGCUGGCCUCUCCGCUGGCAUGGCCAUUGGUAUUGUUGGCGACGCUGGUGUUAGAGCAAAUGCUCAGCAGCCAAAGCUUUUUGUUGGGAUGAUUCUCAUUCUCAUCUUUGCCGAAGCGUUGGCGUUGUAUGGUCUCAUUGUUGGCAUCAUCCUCUCUUCCCGAGCUGGCCAAUCCAGAGCUGAGUAAUAUAAAAUUUCAUGUUGCUAGUAGCGUGCAGGACCAUGGAUUGUGGCUUUUGGCUGGGACUUUGGCUUAGUACAAGUGGAGGUUUGUCAUGCUCUUUAUUCGUUUUAUGACUCUUUUCUACUCGUUAUGAAAUUCAGGUUAUCCUGGAAUAAAGCCUGUCAAACUAUUUCUUUGGAGUAAUUGUAUUUAAUUAUGUUGAAUUCAAUCUAGGUUAGCUAUCUAUGUAAUAAAACAGAUGUCUGUGUUGAUUCAAUAAUGUUUAGUAUUGUGUUCUGUACUGUUAAA